AUGUCAGAAACGCUACCGACCCCGCCGUUCACGAACCUUCAGCUAGUUGAGCAGGUCGAUAGCUGGCCGUACUUCACAAAAGACCCCGAUGCCUACCGACGCCACAUGCAGAACUACUACUACUUCCUCAUCGACGGAUACGACAAGCCCUUCGGUUACGUCCACAAACGCUUCAUCUCGGGUAUCUCCUGGCCCAAGUACUGGAAGCUCGACCAUAACAAACGCUUCCUAACCCUCACAACCGGCUCCAACCUUAAAACCCGCACCCACCUCCUCGACGAAACCCUGCGCAAAGCCUACGACUCCCCCAACGGCACGCUACUGGGCCACUGGGCAAACGAACAAUUCCCCCUCUACUCCUCCACCGGCGAACAUGUUCUCGACCUCGACGGCUACGGCGUCGACAUGCUCGGCAUCGUCAACUUCUCAGUCCACCUGACCGCCUGGGUCAUGACAGCCGAGGGGAUCAAGAUCUGGGUGCCGCGCCGGGCAUGGACCAAGAUGAGCUUUCCCGGAAUGCUGGAUAACACCGUCGGGGGCAGUCUGGCGACUGGGGAGAAGCCCAUUGAUGGGAUGGUGCGCGAAUGUGAGGAGGAGAUCUGUUUGGACCCGGCGUACACGCGGUCGCACAUCAAGGCUUGCGGGACGCUGUCGUUUCAGCUCACCGUGGAUGACAUGUUGAAUCCGGGCUGUCAGCAUCAGGUCCAGUAUGUGUAUGAGAUGGAGCUGGGGCAGGAUGCUGUGCCUAGGAUUGGAGACGGGGAGGUUGGGGAAUUACAUUUGUUGUCGCUUGAAGAGCUGACGAAUGCAAUGAGGAAUGGGGAGGUCAAGCUGACUUGCAACAUGACGUGUCUUGCUUUUUUUAUUCGUCGCGGGUACAUCACCGCUGAUAAUGAGCCGGAUAUCAUUGAGAUUUGCUCGCGGCUGCACCGUUACCACGACUUGUUCAUUGCUUAA